AUCAAUCAUGACAUGCGGGCUAUUCUGGUCGAUUGGCUUGUUGAGGUUUCGGAUGAAUAUAGAAUGGCCCCGGACACACUACAUUUGACCAUAAAUCUUAUAGAUAGAUUCCUAUCUCAUAAUCUCAUCGAGAAGCAAAAGUUGCAACUUGUUGGAGUAACCUGCAUGCUAAUUGCUUCGAAAUACGAAGAAAUAUAUGCUCCCUCUGUGGAAGAAUUUUGCUUCAUUACUGAUAAUACAUACACGAAAGAUGAGGUAUGCCAUAGUCUUGUUGUCAAAAUGGAAAGUCGUGUUCUGAACUGUUUGAGCUUUCAUUUAUCGGUUCCCACCACAAAGAAGUUCCUCAGCCGAAGCUCAUGGGUGGUUUCUGCAAAUAUCCCGUAUUACUUACUCUGCUUCGAAAAAUUUCACUCUUAUGUCCACAGGAGAUUCAUUCAUGCAGCACAAGUUUCGUACGAGGCUCCUUUAGCCGAGCUCGAAUUCUUGGCGAAUUAUUUAGCUGAAUUAACACUACAGGAGUACAGUUUCCUCAAAUUCUUACCAUCCCAAAUUGCUGCAUCUGCUGUUUUUCUAGCAAGAUGGACACUUGAUCAGUCAAACCAUCCAUGGAAUUCGACUUUGGAGCAUUAUACACGGUACAAAACAACCGAGCUGAAAAAUGCAGUUUCAGAACUGCAAGAGUUGCAGCUAAACACUCGAGGGUGUUUGCUUAAGGCCAUUCGCGAAAAAUAUAAGCAACCUAAGUUCAAGUGCGUCUCGACUCUUUGUUCGUCAAGACAAGUGCAAUCACUUUUCUAAGGAAAACUGUUUUUACCACAAUUGUUGUACCGUUUGCAGCUUUCCUUGUACCAGUUGAUAAAAGACUUCAUUAUCGAGCUAUUUAGUUUGGCUCAUGUACAAAAAUUUCUGUAACAAUUGAG